AUGUGUGAUCUCGAGACUGCUCGCGAGAAGGCCAGAGACCUCCAUGGCUCUGCGAGGGAGUGGCUGCGAAAGAUGCCCGAGGAUGUUCGAGCGGAUCGUCAGGUGGUGCUCACCAUCGUCCAGAAGGAUGGCCUGGCAUUGGAAUGGGCAGCACGAGCUCUCCAAUCAGACAAGGAGGUGGUGCUGGCUGCUGUGAAGAAGGGUGCGUUCGCCCUGCAGUUCGCCAGCCCUUCCCUGCUCCGGGACCGCCUUUUCGUGUUGGCAGCUGUGCAAUGCAACGGCUACGCCUUGGCCUGCGCUGGGAAAUUCCAAGGGGAUCGCGAGAUCGUGCAGACUGCUGUUCGCGAGGACGGCAGUGCCUUGGAAUAUGCCUCCGAUGCACUGAAACGAGACCGGGAAAUCGCAUUGACUGCGGCUCGAUGGAGUGAUGCAGCACUGGAGUACGUCGCUGAGUCCCUGUGGCAAGACCGGAACUUUACACGUGCCGUGUUGGAGAGGAAUGACGCUGCUUGGGAGUACGCGUCGGAGAAGUUGCAGGCCGACCGCCGGUUUCUGCUAGAGGUCCUUCAACUCAAUCCAGGCAUCUUCCGCCGCCUUCAACCAGGCCAGGCUGAUGCUGAGCUGAUCCUCAAAGUCAUCAAAGCCACACCUGCAGCCUUUGAGCAUCUUCCGGCAGAGAUGCGGGACGACCAGGAAUUUCUGCUGCGAGCGUUCGCAGCAAACUGCCAGGUUGUGGAGUACGUGCCAUCAUCGGUAUUCGCGGAUAACGCCUUCUUACUUCGCGCAGUGGAGCUUGAGCCAAAGGUGCUUGCAAGCUCCUCGCGCGAAGCUCGCGGAAGCAAGGAUAUCGUCACCAAAGCUGUGCAGCGAAAUCCUGCAGCAUUGCAGCAUGCGUCAGACUCGCUCCGGAUGAGUGAAAAGUUCGUCCUCUCGCUCGUAAAGAAGGAUGCGGUUUGCCUGCAGUACUGCAGCGACGAGCUUCGAUGUCAUGAGGGCUUCAAUUUGGAAGCAAUCUCGAAGAAUCCCGAAGCACGUCAUUACAUCCGUGCAGAGCUCUGGCAAGACGAAGAGUUUGUGCUUGAGGCGCUGUCAAUCGAAGUUUCCGUGUUGGAACAUGUGCCUGAAAGUGUUCUUUGCAAUCGGGCCAUCGCUUUGAAGGCAGUGGAGACCACAGGGCAAGCAUUAAAAUACUUGGAUUUGGGCUUCCGCGAUGACCGACAAGUUGUCUUGACUGCUGUGGAAGAUGACCCGUCCGCCCUUGCAUUUGCUUCCGAGCGGCUCCGGGCAGACACUGGGCUCUUCCGUGCAUCACUCAAAGUCGACGGCCUGGCUCUAGAACACGCGGACAGCUGCCUUCAGGACGAUCCCACUUGGGUACGCGAGGCCACGCAGGCUGGACCCAACCGUGCGGCAGCUCCAGAUUUGUGCCCAUUCCGUUUCGCUUCCAAACGCAUACGCCAGGAUCCGGACUUUGUUUGGGAAGUAAGUGCUGCAGUGGGUGCUGUGGUUCUGGCACACUCGCCUCUUCGCGGUGACGCGCAGUUCGUAUCUCGGUUGACGCAAAGGAUCCCCGAGGCCAUCCAGUACGCUGACGAGAAGUUGCUUGAUGAUCUCCCCUAUUUGCUGUCAAUCAUUCGGCAGUCCCCUGCAGUACUGAGCUUCGUGCCGGAAGAACUGCGAGCCAGCGCGUCUUUCGUACUGGCAUCGGUUCGUGGCAACGGGGCUGCCUUAGACUAUGCUCCCAGGCGCUUCCAAACGGAGCCAGAGUUCUUGCGAGCUGCUGACUCUGCUUUUCCUAGCAGGCAUCCUUUGGAUCACGAUGCCUUAGAGAAGCGAGGUAUCCCCUUGGCACGGCUGGGCGGGGCUGCCGCAUUGUCGGCUUUUCAUGCUGGUAAUCGCAUUGCACAAGAAUGGGACCGACUGGAUCGCCUCAGCCCCCGUGGCUUGAGGGACGAGUGUGAAAUCCUAGGACUGCCUGGAGCUGCUUGCUUGGAGUGGUAUGGGCCCUCCUUCCUGCUGAUUCGUUUCAAGAAGGUGUGCAUUUGGCGAGAAAUGCAGCUGCAGGAACUGAAGGCGGAGAGUGAUGCAAAGGGCCUGAGAAAGGCCCAGCGGCCUGUAGGACGCGCCGACUCGCACACGCACCCUCAGGGGCCCGAUCCCACUGUGAGUCUCCACGUGGGAGCCUGCAUCUCGGUAAUCCAGGAUGUCUACAGCGUCAGCAACCUGAAGCUGAAGUCUGGGCUUCAGGGCACAGUGGUCAGCAUCGACAAAGGUGGUGAUGCCAGGAUUGAUUUCAACAUCGAAACCUUCGCUGGCGGCCUGAAUGCGACCCAGUGGGUUUACAAGAAGGACUUCGACAAGCUGAGCGUGGAUAAGGACGAUGAGCUCCUGAACAGCAUGCUCAACGAACUGACAGUGGACCAGUUUGCUGGUCUUUACGAGCGCUCUGGUGUCCCUGUCCGUGAUCUGGGCUCGUUCGCGGCGGCCAACGCGGUUACGGAGCGAUGGGAUGUGUUGGCCAAAAUGAGCGCCAACGAGCUUGCCCUGGAAUUCACCAGGCUAGUGGGCAUCGAGCCAGACUCCAAUGUCGAACUCGAACCUUGGAUCGAACAGUCGCUCUUGACAUUUGAGGCUUUCCUGGUCUUUUCUGUAGGAAUCAUCGAAAGGACUCUACAACCUGCCAAGGAAGAUUUGAUUGCAGGGGCUCUGAGGUCUCCAAAGGUUGCACCCAUGUUCUGUGCCUUGACCUGGGUUCUUCUUCCCGUGGCGGUCGCUGCAAUCUCUGACCCGGAUUGGGAGGCCUUCAAGCAGAAGUUCCAGAAGAGCUAUUCCAACACGGACGAGGAGUCGGCCCGCUACCAGCUCUUCAAGGCCACGCAGGAACGUGUGGAUCGCCUGAACAAGCUCAAUGGCGAGCCCGCCUUCGGCAUCACCUGGAUGGCUGAUCGUCAUGAGCAAGAGAAGUACAAGAGGGGCUUUCGGUGGCGCGAGAUUGACGAACUGCCUGCCCCUGCCUUGCAGAAGGAGUAUACAACCUUUGACCUGCCCAAAGUUGCAGAGAAAGAGCAAAGAACUCGAGUGAAGAAGGUUGCCUACUGGGACGCCCUCCCGUUCAAUGCCUUGCGGGAGGAGUGUUGGAACAUGGGGAUGCGCUCGGCGUAUUUCAACUCCGCCGACUUUCAUGGUCGGCGUGAGCGUUUGAUUCGUGAGGCUAUUUGGUUUCAGUGGGCCCCCAAGACGGGGGGCCAGACAAAGAUGCCAAGCGAUGCACGGGGAUGGCAGCCGCCACCUAGAGAGCAGGCCAAGGACCAGGGACGACCGAACUGCCCCUUCGAGUACAUGCCGCCGCCACCGCAACCGAUGGUUCCUACGCACAUCCGUCAGCAUCUUCAGACUUUGCUGCUGCCGCCCAACGCAAGCCUGCGGGACGUCAAGGCCGCCUACAAAAAGCUCGCGCUGAAGUAUCAUCCAGACAAGAACAGCAAGGACAUGGAGGAUCUGGUGACGCAGCGGUUUACGGAAAUCCGCUCGGCUUAUGACGAGUUGUUAUCAUACUUCGACGUACAGAAUUGGCAAGCAGCCCUGGAGGUGCUCGGACAUCUCAAGGGCCGCGUCGACUGCGGUGUCGUGGGCGCCGGCCUGGGUGCCCUGCAGCGCGGACGGGCAUGGCGACACUCACUGGCGCUUUGUUUGGAUGCUCAGAGGUGCCGAGUCGCAGAUGCCGCUGCCUUUGGGACUGCGGCCAUGACGCUGGAACAGUGCAGCCGCUGGUCCCACUCUACACAGCUGCUUGCGACGACUUCCCUGCAAUACGUCGUUCGAGCCACCAAUGCCGUUUUGGCGGCGUGCAAAGACGGCGGCUUUUUGCGGGCCAGGUCGUUGUUCGCCUCCUUGGGGGCUCGACGAACUACGCCGGAUGUCGUCACGUACAACUCCAUCAUCAGCUGCUCAACCGGUUCACGGUGGCCCUGGGCCCUGUGGUAUCUUUACAUCUUGACGACCCGAAGUGCAGCUCAGCCAACAGAGGCCACCUUCGCCAGCGCCAUCCAUGCAUGCGCAACAGGUACCGAAUGGCGCCGUGCAUUGGCCUUGCUGGGGCACCUGACGCCACAUUCCCUGCAGCCAACGACCGUGAUCUUCGGCGCGUGCAUCGACGCAUGCGCAAAGGCGCGGCAGUGGCAUCAGGCAGCAAUGCUCCUGCGAAUCAUGCCCUCACAAAGCUUGGUGGCCAACACACUCACGACAAACGCCUUGAUGACCGCCCUGGCCACUGGUAGCCGCUGGCAGGGGGCCCUCGCACUUUUUGAGGAGGCCGACAAGGAUGGUGGAUCAUCGCCGGCCGCCUAUGGGGCCGCCUGUACUGCGAUGGCCGCCGGUGCACUUUGGAGGUCCGCCCUGGACCUCCUGGACUUGAUGUAUCGCCGAAGCUUACCCAGAACGAUGCAGGUUUGGCAUUCGGCACAGACUGCAUGCUCCAACACCGGCCAAUGGACGAAGGUGCUCCAGCUCCUAGAGGAAGCAUCCUCCGAGGUGCCCUUGGACCUCGCGAACUACUUGACCGCCUUGGCUUCAGUAGAGCGAGGUGGCUGUGCCCAUCACAUUUCGCCGCUGCUGCUGCGACUAGCAGGCCGAGGCUAUCGCCUGCUUGUCGGACGAGCAGGAGAGACACCGAGUGAUACGGAGUUUCUCUUGCAGGCCCUGGGUACCUUGCGAGAUCACUGGAAUUCUGACCUUCGCCUCAGGUGUGUCUUGUGUGCGCACUUUGGUCUUACUUCGAGAGCGGACUCAAGCACUCGUCUUCUUGGCAUGCUGUGCCUGUGCAAACACGUCGAGUUCUGGACCAAGAAGCAAAAGCUUUGUUCAGCCUGGCUCUUUUGUGACCGCUCCAGGGCAACCCGAUUGGAGCGGCUUCGCCACGAUCAUCUACGCAGGGUUGAUUUGAAGUGCAUCGGUGCCGCGGCUACUGCGAACAAUUUCGCUGGAAACCUCGGAUUCCAUGACACCUGGAGCAGGAGACAAAAAUGGCGCGUGGUGUUCAUCCACCCGGUUGCUUGGAGCUUUCCACCAUCAGCAAACGCUUUGAAGCAUGCCUCCGAAUGCCGCAUCCUUUCCGGGUUAGAGCACAAUUACUGCUGUAGCCUUGAUCGCAGCUAUUGUAGCCACAUUGCUUAUGGGCGCGAGUGCGGUGGCAACGAAGCUUUGCCCGGUUGUGGAGAUCUUGGCUACGGCCUGAAAUUCGAUCCGACCUCCUCCAGCCUGGCGCUGUGUCGCGACAGCUGCUGUGCCGACGAGGCAUGCGAGCUGUGGCAAUUUAAACAGGACUACGGCUGCUUCCGGGGCUCCUCGAAUCAAUGUCUGAGAACUGCGGACCCAUUCUGCGAUGGCAGCCGCGGUGAGAGAUUGCGCGGCAGAGCCGGGGGCACGCUCGGAGUGGUUUGGUUUGGAUCCCGGUGGCACAACUAUGCGGAGAUUGCGCCAGUGGAUCCAUAUCGCCAUGGAGCACAGAAGGAGGUCCUUCAGACUUUCGAAGGUGAGUUUCUUCAUUUCUCGCGAUCUGGGCCUGGGGUUCAUGAGAUGAAUGUUUCUAAGUCCUGCUGGUCCUACGACCGCCACCCUUCCUGGUGCUGCCCAGGGAUUGCACAACAAGUACGUGCCUGCUGGCCUGCCCACAGCAUUUCGAGCCACUGCUGCUCGCAGGGCCAGUCUGCAGAUGGCAGCAUGCUGUACAAUGCUUUCUUUGUUGCGACGCCGCACAUGACUGCCGAAGAAGUGCAGCAGUACCACGAGAACUUUCCCGGCUUCGCCAUUGAUGAGGCUUCCUUUGAGGACACGCGCCUUCGCUUCCGGCUCGGGGACAAGAGCCCAAGCUUGAUUUGCCCUUCGGGCUCCAUGGAACAAACCAUUGACUCCUCUGGAGUCCUUUGGCAGAUGGCCCUCCUCCUGUCCUACUUUCGUGCGCCGGCCUCUGGCACCUUCCUGAACUUGGGCUCUGGGACAUGCCAGGCACCGGACCCUUUGCACCAACUCCUUAGCUCGGCUGAAGGCGACGGCAUGGUCGGAAUCGCCGUGGACUCCAACAGCAGCCGUUUGGACGUUUGCAGGGCCACCAUGUCGAAUACCCCAGCGCGUGUGCUGCCCGUGCAUUUAACCCUGGAUCCGACCCAAGUAGUGGAGCAGCUGCUGCCUUACCUGAAGCUCAUCUUUGCGGGGGCGCGAAAGCCUUGGCCCUUGGAUUUCCUGGUCGUCGACCUGGAUGGCGUGGACUGCCUGAUCAUUGAGGGGCUGCUGAGAGUUCUGCGGCCGAAGGUGAUCCACUUGGAGAUCGUAACGCACAUCCCGCCCCCUUUUCGCUUCUCUUUGCAGUGGCACAACAGGCUCUCCCCACACUGGAACGAUGUUUAUGACGUCGACUUGUUGAAUCCUUUUCAGGGUUGCUCCCUGAGCUAUGCGCUGCACAAGUUUCGACCCUUCGGCUAUGCUCUGCUCCGUCUGACGCAGCAUGACGCGAUCUUGGUGCACAAGUCUCUCAAAGUCGUUGUGGAGCGUGGGCUCCAGGUGAAACUGCCCCAGGAUGAGUUCCAGUGCUACCGGGACAGCAAGCUGUGGCUUCAGAUGCCCGCCAACUACGUUAGGGAAUGGUUCUUUGCACGGCAUCCAUCAGCAGUGAUUGGAAGCAUUUGGUCCAACAUCUCGACUGUGAACAAAGAGCUUGGCCGUGAGGGUAUGCCUUUCACUCUGGACUUCUAA